UCCUCGAUGACUUCGGUGGCUAAUUCUCUCCUGAUCGCGAUUGUUUCUCAGGAAAAUUUGAGAGAGGGAUUCCGGAAACGGCCCUCGAGAAAACUUGAUUUUCCCGGAGAUGGCUUUCGAAGCUCGACGCGUUACUUCUAUGUUUAUACUGUUUCUCUUUCUGGUUCUUAUGGACUUGACGAAGGCGGAAGUCAUAACCCUGACUCCUGAGACAUUUUCCGACAAGGGUGAUCUUGGGAUCUCCUUGGAGCUUUAUGCUUGUUUUCUUUUCGUUGGUGGUGAUUGUGGAUCUGGGUUUCAGUAAGAACUAAGAAUCUAGGAAAUUUGUGGGACGAGCUGGGAAAUGCUACGGAGGGAGAGGAUGAAAUCGAGAUUGGUGAAGUUGAUUGUGGUACCAGCAGAGAUGUUUGCACCAAAGUUGAUAUUCAUUCAUAUCCAACGUUUAAGCUAUUCUACAUGUUUUUCUUCCAUUAACUCCCUCCAAGUCCAAUAUGAUUGUCUUCCUUUCAUUCUUUCCAGCUUGCAUUGCAUCUCCCUUAGUGUUCUAUCUUGCUUCAGGUUGGCGUUUUUAUUAUUCGCCCCAUUUGCAUCAGGAUCAUAUUUGAGAAGAGUUCAGUUCCUUCAUCAAUUUGUUGCAUAUUUUGAUGUCUCUUGUGACGUUUUAGGGUCCAAAUUCGUUUGAGAGAACUACAUGUUAUAUCAGCUAGAGAUAAAACAUAUUCCAUAGUACUGGUUAGAUACUUAGUUUUAGUCAUACUUUAGUAAACGGUUAGCAGCACUUUGAGAUGCAUAUUUAGAACCGGGAAAUUUCUUGUACCCAUUCCACUUACCUGGACAAAUCCAGCAUCUAAAAUAGUGAGUGUCUUCAUGAGCAUGAAGAAUGUGAUAUACUCCGGUUCAAGAACACGUACAGGCAAUACAACAAGGAGAUAAGUAGUUGUCACUUUUUGGGCUUACUUAUUAUAAUUACAAAUGUUAGGUCUUUAUGUAAAUUUCUGAAAGUAAGGGAUCAAAACUAAAAGUAAGAGUUGUAGGGCUUUGAUGAUUUUUCCAUCAGCAGCCUUCAUCCUCUAUAAAAGGAUUACUUAUGUUAUGAAUAAAGAUAUCAGGUGUUUGGCUGAUCAUUCUUGAGGGGAGGUUGACGAUCCUCGAAUAUCGUCGGAUUUGCUGUUCUCCUUAGUAGCAGCAGGUUUUUCCGUUAGAAUCCAUCGCCGGGUUCUAACAAAAGUGGUAUCAGAGCCUCCGAUCUGGCUGCCUGUGGCUCAAUGAUGUUGGUCCAGACUCGUCGCUUGGAAGGUAUCACCAAUGAUGUGGAAUCGCACAGUGUCGAAACUAUCCAGCUGCAUGAAGCGGUGUCCAUCUCAGUGACUGAUCUUGCCUUAGCCAUCAAAGAUGCGAUUACUGUUAGAUAUAAUCUUGUUAAAUGUCGGUUCAGAUUUAUCUUGGUUCGUGUCCGGUUAAAUGUUUCGGUUUAGUGUUGAAUAAGUCUAAGAUUUAGUCUGCAGUUUUACAUUUUAGUUGGAGUCGUGUCCAAUAGAAACGGACAAAGUUGUAGUUGCGUAUUUGUAGUUUGGUUGUUAUUAUUCACCUUUUCUAUUUAAGGAUGUAACAAAAAAAAAAAGUAUACAGCAAGGUUUUUUAGAAUAUUUCGUAAAUGUCUCUCUUGAUAUUUGUUUCUGAUUUUGGUUUGAAAAUCAAAACAUCGUUUCGGGAGUUCGGUUUCUACAUGUGGUAUCAGAGCGCGGUUGCGAUUCAGGGAACGACAACGGUGUUGAUCGAUGUAUGAGGAAAACGACGGAGUGUCGUUGAAGUGCCUGCGGAGAACGGCGGAGUGUCGUUGCAGUGCAUAUGGGAGAACGACGGAGUGUCGUUGCAAUGUUGCGGAAGAACGACGGGAUGUCGUUGCAGUACAUGUGAGAGAACGACGAGAUAUCGUUGCAAUACUGCGAGAGAACGACGGAAUGUCGUUGCAGUGCGUGCAAGAGAACGGCGGAGUGUCAUUGCAAUUCUUGUGGGAGAACGACGGGUGUCGUUGGAGAAUCCAAUAUUUUUUUUCAGGAAAAACUUUGGAAAAAGAGAUGGAGCAGGAAAAGCUCCGAAAAAAAAGAUGGAGCAGGAAAAGUUCCAGAAAAAGGAGAAGGUAGACUGGAAAAAGCUCCGGAAAGAAUAUUUGAUCCAUGAAAGGUUUUCUUGUGAAAGCCAAGGAAAGGCUUCGGUAGUAAAGCCAAGGAAAGGCUUCGGUAGUAACGCCAAUGAGAGAUGAAAAGGCUUCCGUUCAACGCCUUGAAAGAGAGACAAUCGUAUCAGUAACAUGAAGGUAUGAUAUGAAGACAUGAAGACAAAGUGAAGGAGGAGAGUGUUGUGCAACACGAUUAAAAUUGCACUUGAAGUCGAUUAAGUCGGUGAAACAAGAUUACAGGGGAGAAUGUUAGAUAUAAUCUUGUUAAAUGUCGGUUCAGAUUUAUCUUGGUUCGUGUCCGGUUAAAUGUUUCGGUUUAGUGUUGAAUAAGUCUAAGAUUUAGUCUGCAGUUUUACAUUUUAGUUGGAGUCGUGUCCAAUAGAAACGGACAAAGUUGUAGUUGCGUAUUUGUAGUUUGGUUGUUAUUAUUCACCUUUUCUAUUUAAGGAUGUAACAAAAAAAAAAAAAGUAUACAGCAAGGUUUUUUAGAAUAUUUCGUAAAUGUCUCUCUUGAUAUUUGUUUCUGAUUUUGGUUUGAAAAUCAAAACAUCGUUUCGGGAGUUCGGUUUCUACAAUUACUCCUCUGCUGACGGUUUUUGUGGAAGAACUGAGUGCAGCAUCGACCGCUGUAAAGAUACCGAGCAGAGAGAAACUGACGGAAAAGCUGCGAGCAGCAUCAAUGGCUGCAAAGAAAUCACCAAGGGCGGUGGUUGAUACAGCUGUCUGGAACGAAGAAGCUGGAGGUUCGAUGGAGGCUGCCAACGAGAUACAAAAAAAAGAAACAGUGGAGGAAAAUGAAAACUCAGCUGUUGGUAAAAAUGAUGCUACAGCAUAUGAUGAUGUUCAUAGAGAAGUAGAAAAAUCGACAUCGGCAAAAUAUGAUGGAUCGUCUCGCUCCGGGGUCGGCUAUAGAACCAAAAAAGUUAUCGAUCAGACACUGCAACCCUCGAUGCCCUGUUGUAGCUAUGUUUUCUACAACAUCGCGAUUCCUAGGUACUUGGAGAAGUGUGAGUUCAAAUUUGCCAGGAAGUUGUUCGACGAAAUGUCCAAACGAGAUCGGGUUUUUUGUGGUAUGAACAAAAAGGUGGUUCUGAUUGCUAUGUUUGAUCCUGGUGGUGGGUCUUUUGAUAUCUCUCUUUUGGAGAUAUCUUCCAGUGUCUUCAAGGUUAAAGCCACUGAUGAAUACCCUUGGGUCGAUGAGUUGUUGCACGAUCAUCGGAGCAUGUUGACUGUGAUCGGAGGGAAUAAGAUCAGUGCACAACAGCUGAACUCAGCAAGUGUCGAUAGAAGAAGCAAAGAAAACACAUACGGUGAAAUUCCGGCAACGUCGGUGACAUGUGACAACCCUAGACAGAUCCCGGUGGAAGGGAGAGGGUCACAUAGACAUCGGCUGAGGUCUAUUGGGUUUGAGAGCAUGCAUCUGCAGUUUCCAUGGAAGUUAUCUAAGUUGGUCGAUGGCGGCACUACCAGGAAUAGGCACCGUUGGCAUCGGAAACAACGAUUCAAGAUAUUGAUGGGGAUAACACGGAGGGGAAAGGCUGAAGUGCGCUUCGCAUUAGUGGAAACAGAAAGGAUCAUUCUUAGGGAGAAGGGUAUGGUCGAGAGUUGGAAGUUGACAUUGGGUCAAAUGAGUGAUAAGGCUAAAAAUGUAGAAAUGAGUGUUAGGAAGGAAAUAAAAUAUGCCUUGAUUAGAGGGUAUGAAAUUUUCGGCUGCACAUUCAAACUGCUCGACCAAAAUCCGGAACUGGAAUGGGGUUCAUGGUUGGCCCUUAUUUCGGGAUAUUUCUUGGACCGCGUUGUCACUCGUGAAGCUCCUCAACGCUUUCUGGAGAUGCAAUGCAAAAGUUCUAGGGGCAAUGAAUUCACUUUUGUCGGUAUUUGUAAGGCUCACUCAACUAAUGGAGGUUGGACAUUAGGGGGUCAGGUUCUUGAGGUUACCAUUGUUACAAGAUAUGACUAUGAUGGGUUCAUGGAGAAUAGUUGGGUUGACAUAUAUGCAAAAUGUGGAGGAUUCAAGGAUCCAAGGAGGAUCUCCGAUGAAUUGGCUGAGAAGGAUACUUGCAAUGAAGUAAUUGAUUUUUUCCAGGAGAGGGAGCAGACAGCGAUAAGACUUAACGAAUUUAGCUUUUCUAGUGUGAUAAAAGAUUAUGUGGAGUCAGGAGACAUUGUUGAGGGAAGGAAACUUCAUAGAUAUCUACUAAAACUAGGAACUGACCGUAAGGAAUCAGAACGGCAGUCCCAUGCUCACCUUGUGAAGAUGAAUGCGAUAAAAUUUGAUUCUUUCGUUGGUGUCGGAAUCAUAGAAAUGUAUUCAAAGUGCAUGGUGAAAGAUGUUAUUAGAGAGUUUGGAUUGAUGUUAAAGAAGGACAUGGGUGCUUGGAAUGCCAUGAUCUAUGGGAAUUCACCAAACGGAGGAGACUAUGAAAUGGGUUGGGUCUUCUCUGAAAGGGACAAAAAAGGGAUGCCUGUUCUCUCCCUAAAAUUGGGUCUCGUGUUCGAUAAUUACGUUGCAAACGGCCUGCUUGAUGCAUAUGGGAAAUCUGGGCUAGGAGAUGCAUCGACAAAUUUUGAGGAGAAUCCUUUUCUAGAUUUGGUGGCAUAUACAUGGAUUAUCAUAGCUUAUUACCAGUGUGUACAAGGGGAGGAUGUGAGGAAGCUGCACGCAGAUAUGCAGGAUAAAAGACUAAAUUCGGAUGUAUUUGGAUGUACCUCCCUCAAUGCAUGUGCAAACUUUUCAGCGGGUGAGCAAGACAUUUGGGAGAACUUAGCCAUGACGAGACAAUGGAUAAGAGAGUUUCAAGAGGAGACAGAACCAGGAGUAAGCUGGAUUGAAGUCAGGGACAAAGUACAUACAUCCCAUAUUGAUGACAGAAAUGAUUCACGAACUGAAGAGACCAAAGAGGACAAAGAAUCUACUGCUGAACAUGAAGUUGUCGCGGAAGCGUCGGGAGAGAAGAAAGAAUGCAGCAGAUCAUCUAGUAUGUUGGACAUCAGGCCAUUGGACGAUAGGUUUGGCAUGAAGAAGCUCGAGGAAAUAGUCCGAAGCAUCGAGAUGGAAGGAUAUUUUUGGGGAGCGCAUAAGCUUGUUCCUUUUGGUUACGAUAUCAAGGAGUUACAAAUCGUGCUCCUCUUCCAAAAGACAUGGAUAGAUGAGCUUGUAAAGCAAUGGGCACACCUUCUGCAGUGGAAAUCCUAUGUCAUGGCGGAGAUGCAAGUUGUGAAGCUUCACCUUGAGGACAAGGUGAAAGUGUGGGAGGGGAGUAAUGAUAUACUCCGGUUCAAGAACACGUACAGGCAAUACAGCAAGGAGAUAAGUAGUUGUCACUUUUUGGGCUUACUUAUUAUAAUUACAAAUGUUAGGUCUUUAUGUAAAUUUCUGAAAGUAAGGGAUCAAAACUAAAAGUAAGAGUCGUAGGCUUUGAUGAUUUUUCCAUCAGCAGCCUUCAUCCUCUAUAAGAGGAUUACUUAUGUUAUGAAUAAAGAUAUCAGGUGUUUGGCUGAUCAUUCUUGAGGGGAGGUUGACGAUCCUCGAAUAUCGUCGGAUUUGCUGUUCUCCUUAGUAGCAGCAGGUUUUUCCGUUAGAAUCCAUCGCCGGGUUCUAACAGAAUGCAGAUUGGUGCAUCCAUCUUAGGUUGGUGAACUGUAGUACUGUGUAGGCAGGCUUCUUUUGCAUCUGCCUAUCCUUCUAGUUUUUAGAUAAAACAACACUUGAUGAAUUCUCUCCAUGGAUUGGUCGGAGACAUAUUAUGGAAAGGACUGUGCUCGAAUGUAAGCGCAAAUGUAUCAACUUUUUCCCGAACCAAUAAUGCCUUUGUAGUUUGUGCUGCUGAUUAUGGAAAGAAGUUUGUUUAUGGUCGACUCAGGAUCAUAUGGUAAUCUUCUCUUCUCUUUUCUGGUGGGUAA